AUGGCCAUGUUUUCCGUCCCAUCUUCAAAUCACAACUUUGACAUUCUCUCUACAAUGUCAUUUCAAGAACUACCGCACGCCUCUUUGCUUACCGGGCUCUCAGCUGAUGGAAGUCAGUUGCCUAUGGGCGGUUUGAUGGUGUACCCAGACUACGACGAGCAAGGGAGAAAACAGCUUACUGGAGACAGUAAAGACAAGGAAAAUUCGGCUGGCAACGUCCAGCAGAAACGGAAGAGUAUAUCAACAAGGGGUAAUUUGCGCCAGAAAGGAGAGCGGGAGACCAGUACUGUAUCGAUGUCAAAUGAGACCAAGAAACGCGGACGCCCAAGGGUGGACUGUCCUGAUAGAACGGCUGCCGAACGCCGUCGGACCCAAAUUCGACUUGCUCAACGAGCGUACAGGAUGCGAAAGGAAACCGCAAUCUCGUCCCUAACCCAGCGUGUCACGGAGCUAGAAGCAAACAUGCAGGAGAUGAGGGAAGCGUUUCUGGCUUUUAACGACGAAGCUGUGAGAAGCGGCGCCCUAUCGGCAUAUCCAAGGCUGGCACAGCAGCUGGAAAAAACGACGAGGCGGGUCAUGUCCUUGACCCCCGAGGCCCAGGAGGGAGGCAAGAGUCCCGCGAGUGACCCGGAUGAAUUACCAGCGCCCACAACAACCGCGGAAAAUGCCAGUUAUGUUGCUUUAAACCAUACCCCAGACGCGUAUGCCAGUGACGAGCCGUGCCCGAAUGCUCCCGACAAGUUGUGCUAUUCAAGCGCCGAGCCUUUACCAUUAAAGGGCGGUAAUGACCUCUUAUACAUGGGGACUAUCCCUACCGAUACUACCCAACUUUAUGGCCCCACGAUAAAUGAUUCUAUAACUUCUAUCAGUAUACCUCCAGUCAGCGUUCCCACAUUCGACAGGGCUGGGUUUUCAACCUACGCUAUCCCUUCUCCUUGCUCUAGUGGUGCAUAUAUUUUCAAUCGCGACCUACCUAUUACGUAUAGCCAUCAAGAGUCUAGCUUUGCUCGUCGACUCCACCGCCGCUCUCUAGAAUAUGGCUACGCUUUAUUAACAAACCCUGGAACUCGACCGGAGCGCCUGGCCCACAAGUUCAGGCUCACAUUCUACCUGACCCUGCGAAGCCAUCUACAUAACUCGUUUACUACCCUUCUACAAAGAAGCGCAAAUGAGCCCCUGGAGUUUAUAGAAAAACCGCACUUCUGCCUUGGGGGUGCAGGAAUGCAUUAUCCUCGAAGAGAUGGUCUCGGAAAUAACAUAUUUCCCCCAAAUAUGCAAUCCCUGGAACGUGUCUUUGGAACCCUCCUCUCUCAGCUAGGAGAGAAUGAGAAGGUCAGUACUGUGCAAGAAUUCAUCGAAAAAACGGGGCUCGGAGGCACCUGGUUCGACUGCCAUGAUGUGGAAGGAUAUUUGAAAACGAAAGGCAUCCACUUGGGGAGCCUUUCUACCUUCAUCGAGAUUCCUUCGUCGCUCGUUGCGAACUCUCGCAAACUACUAACCUCCAAUAAAUUCAUAAACCCUCCUGGUUCUCAGCCCAACGCCCAAGCCACGGCUUCCUCCAUCGAAGUCUCGUAUCCUUCACCAAAGAAUCCCAGCAAUUAUCCUUGUUCUGGUAGCAAAUCGUCUAAUAUGCGCUCGCUGGGGUUCGAUCCUCAAUUCCUACCUCCAACAUCCGCUGUUGACCAAGCCGUGAACAUCAGCACAGGAACUCACGGGCCACGAACGGUGAUUAUGGACGUUGAGAAGUUUACCACUCAGCUAGCAAGUCGAUCAACCUGCCUUGGGAGAGCACCCGGCUUCAGAAAGCAGGAUGUUCACGCAGCCAUCAAUGCUGCUAUCUGCACGCCUGAUGUGUGA